GCGGGCGGCGGGGCAGGAGCGGCAGGCGCGAGCCGCGGAGGGGCGCCGGACCCGCGCGCGCGCACGCACGCACGCACGCGGGGGGCGGGGGCAGGCACGCGCCCGCCUGUCGCGACAGUCGGGGCCGAGGCCCAGGGGGAGGUGGCCUGUCGCGGGUCGCCCGGCUCCCGGAGGCGAGGGGGGCACGGGCGAAUGGCGGAGGGCGCCCAGCCGCAGCAGUCGCCUCAGCUCGGGCCCGGCGCUGCUGCCCGGGGCAUGAAGCGGGAGUCGGAGCUGGAGCUGCCGGUUCCCGGAGCGGGAGGAGACGGAGCCGAGCCCGGCCUGAGCAAGCGGCCGCGCACCGAGGAGGCGGCGGCCGACGGCGGCGGCGGGAUGCAGAACGAGGCUUUGACUCCAGGUUAUCAUGGAUUCCCAGCGAGGGACAGCCAGGGUAACCAGGAGCCAACAACAACUCCUGACGCAAUGGUUCAGCCUUUUACUACCAUCCCAUUUCCACCACCUCCACAGAAUGGAAUCCCCACAGAAUACGGAGUGCCACACACUCAGGACUAUGCCGGCCAGACCAGUGAGCAUAACCUGACACUCUAUGGAAGUACACAAGCCCAUGGAGAGCAGAGUAGCAACUCACCUAGCACACAAAACGGAUCUCUUACGACAGAAGGUGGAGCACAGACAGAUGGCCAGCAGUCACAGACACAAAGUAGUGAAAAUUCAGAGAGUAAAUCUACCCCGAAACGGCUGCAUGUCUCUAAUAUUCCUUUCCGCUUCCGGGACCCUGACCUCCGGCAGAUGUUUGGGCAGUUUGGCAAAAUCCUAGAUGUAGAAAUAAUCUUUAACGAACGCGGCUCGAAGGGAUUCGGGUUCGUAACUUUCGAGAAUAGUGCUGAUGCAGACAGGGCCAGGGAGAAAUUACACGGCACCGUGGUAGAGGGCCGUAAAAUCGAGGUGCAUGUCUUCAAUAAUUCAAUUUCUGGUUUAUAUUUUUAUUUCUCUUUUUUUGUAUUGCCUCACUUAUUUCACAUUUGGAACCUUGUCUUGUUUGUGCGCGUGCACAUUCUUAAAUGCUCACUGUCCUUUUUUUCCAUUUCAGGUUGGAAAUUAAGCCCAGUAGUUGGAGCUGUAUAUGGUCCUGAGUUAUAUGCAGCAUCCAGCUUUCAAGCAGAUGUGUCCCUAGGCAAUGAUGCGGCAGUACCCCUAUCAGGAAGAGGGGGUAUCAACACUUACAUUCCUCUAAUCAUUCCUGGCUUCCCUUACCCAACUGCAGCCACCACGGCGGCCGCUUUCAGAGGAGCCCAUCUGAGGGGCAGAGGGCGGACAGUAUAUGGUGCAGUCCGAGCAGUACCUCCAACAGCCAUCCCCGCCUAUCCAGGUGUGGUUUACCAGGACGGAUUUUACGGUGCUGACCUCUAUAUAGAAUCUGCAAACUGCUUCAGAUCAAACAGGGUGGAUAUGCAGCCUACAGAUAUGCACAGCCUGCUACUGCAACCGCAGCCACCGCUGCUGCAGCCGCUGCAGCCGCUUACAGCGACGGUUACGGCAGGGUGUACACAGCUGACCCCUACCAUGCCCUUGCCCCUGCCGCUAGCUAUGGAGUUGGCGCUGUGGCGAGUUUAUACCGAGGUGGCUACAGCCGAUUUGCCCCCUACUGAAGUGACGUGAGACCCCUGCAAAUGGGACAGCCCCCCAGUUCAUGAGGCCUGGCUAUUGCAAUAUUUACUAGUAGAGGAACUCUAUAGCAAGAUGAAGAGGAAAAGCAAACAAACAAACAAACAAAAAAACACAAAAAAAGAGAGAAUACUUUUUUAUACCUCACUAUGUUCUUUGAAUAUGUAUUUUUCCUUUAAAUUUCUGCCUUUAAUUCUUUUGUUCCAAAGAUUGUGCAUUUUUUCUUUUUUUUUGUUUUCUUUUUUUUUAACUGUGGUAAAAAAAAAAAAAAAAUAAUGCAUUUCCAUGUCUGUAUGUCCGUGCUUAGCUUAUUCUAUCACGGAAGAGGCAAUUAAGGAGGAAGGAGAGACAUUAGGAGCUGAUAAGUGCAUCUGAUCAGAAAUCAGCAGACAGAAUUACCAAAGUGUAUCUGGUGCUGAAUUGCUGGGGGACAAGCAAAAGUGGAAGAGAUCUUCCGCAGCAAGAUAUUCUUCUAGUCUUCUGAGUUUCUGGUCUUUGGCAGGCAAUUCUGAUUGGCUGUGGCUGGAAUCCACAUGCUGAUAGAUAGGAAUUUGUGCUUAUAAAGCAGGAGAAUUAAAAAGACGCUUUCCUCUCUUCUUCCCUCCUGUCUUCUCCAUUCUUUUUACAAUCAUCUUACAUGCACAGCCUGAGACAGGUGGCAUAAUUUUUGGAAUUACAGUAUUGAUAUUUCCAAACAUGCUCUCAGACUGUGGAUAAUAAACACCUCAUUAGGAAACCGAUCUCGGAAUGAACUCUGGAGUAUGAAAAAGAUCAUUUCUUUUCUUUCCUGUAAUCCUAGCAUUCCUGCUGGGCUUCUUCUCCUUUAAUUGAACCUCAGCUUAGCUCAUCUGUUCUUUUAUUAACACCCUGCUCCCAUGUCCUCAAGAUUCAGGAAUUUAGGACCCAGGGACAGAAGAAUAAGCCAGUGGCCAGAUUUCCACCCCAGGUAUCUGGACACAGCUUGAGGAUUAGAAGUACAAAUUGCUGACAGCCAUUAAAGAGAGUAAGGAAGAGAAAAGGAAUGUUAGAAGAUCUGAUAUUCCUUAUCUUUUUCUUACAUCAGAAAGUACAAACAAAGUAUAAAAAAUAUAAUAAAGAAUCUGUUGAGGAAAAAUAAAGCACCAGGUCCUAGGUCAGCUGUCCCUGGAAGUUUUGGUGAUUAGGACACGUAAGGGCAGACAGAGGCACUUUGUACUCACUCCAAAGCCAUAGGAAUUUUCAUCUUCCAGAGCCUUUAUGAGUCACUUCUCUAUCCACAGUCUCGAGCCCUUGUGGCCAUUCCACCCAGCUUCUCGUUAUCCUCCAGAGACACCCAGCUGAGCACCUGGACCACUUGGUAUACAUUAACACUACAGGACAUAAAAUACGGAGCCCCCGAGGUUGCUCCCCUCCCAUAUUGGAAGGAGGGUCUGAAAUGGCAAGGAUCUUAAUAAUAUAUUGCCAGAAAGAGUCAUGCAGUGGCCACAGCAGUGAGUCACUGCUAUUGCUAUCUGGCUUUAAUUUCAUAUGCUAUCAAAGUAGGGGAGAAAGUAUUUCUCUUCUAGCUAUUUGAUAUAACUGAUAAAAGCAAGUGUCCUACAGCAUUUCCAAAAUGAAGGCAUUAGGAUAUAGGAAAGCACGGUCUUUUUGGCUCCCUGGUCUGUUCACAUUGGUACUAGGGUGACCUUUCACCCAAAGGAUAGCUGCUAAAGGGAGUAAUUCAGAGACAUGGAGUUUCUGGUUUGUUAUGGCUUUGUUUUUGGUUUGUUUUUUUAACUCCUGCCUCCACACAUGUUCUUGACUGGUAACUGAUUCAUGUCCCUGAAUUAAAAUGACUGACCUAUGACAGCAUGAAGCAUUCUUUGUAAGCAGAGUGAUAUAUCUGGGAGGGCACUGGCCUGUCAUAUAUAACACAUAUCUUCUCCCCCUUCAGAAUCCUUUCCCCUAAUAACUGGGGAGAUGCUGUGCCUGAAACUCGGGGAGACGUCAAGGAAGCUAGAGGCCUCGAUGCAAUUAUUAAUUCUGGGGAGGAAUACGUAGAAUAAGGGGACACAAAACUGCCCAGUCCACUGGCCAUUUUUUAAGGGCCCCCCCAAGCCAAAGUUUGUUUUGUUGCUGUUAAGACAAUUUUCGUUGUAUGUAUAUAAAUAUUUUAGUUAGAGGAGGGGGGAGUGGGAUGUGGGGCUUUCACAGUUCUAGGGAAUGGGGGCAGGGAGGAUUUUUCUUUUGCUUUUGUUUUGAGGGAUAACUUUUACUGAACUAAAGAAACUGAAAGGAAUUUGGGGUCAUGAUCAAAUAGGGGCCAUUCUGAGAAAAUGGCAAGUCAUUUACUCAGUGGAGACAAGGCCAAAUUCUAAAUGGUUGUAUCCAUAGCAGGGGAGGAGAAUAGGGGAAUGAGUUUCAGAAUUUUUCUCUUCUUUGUUCCUAGAAAAAGAUAAGGAUGAUGGGAAAGGUAGAGAAGGCAGCUCCCACAGCCCUUUUAAAAGAGGCAGAAGCUUGAGCUUGAGGUACCUUUUGUGCAUUUCAGUUCAGCUGGUUCUGGCUGAGGCCUCUGAAGGCAAGCUCUGUUUCUCAAUGGGUUUCUGCUGCAUUUCCAGGGAUGGUUCUUAAUAACCGCUUCCUCCAGCUCCCUUUUCUAAGAAAGACUAAAUGGAGUUCUGCUUUUUAUGAACGAGUCUUUGGUUUUCAGUGUCAACACUGAGAAUUGGGGCUCUCAUAAGCAUCUAGAUUUCACAGUAUCAACCUCCCCAUCAGCUUUUGAACUUUGAGACUCCAUACAGUCAAAUUCAUCAGAGGCAGGUUCCUCAAAGCAGCAAUGCUUGUAUAUUCCUGAUUCUGGUUCUCACCAGAUUAAGAUGCAGAGUCAGAGGAGUCUGGCAUUUUGUGAGUUCAUUAGAGGAUGCUGGUUGAUAGUUCCAAAAACCUUACUGAUGGUGAAUCACAGUACAUGAAUGAUUUUUUUUCAGCUUUACUGUAGUUUCUGAUCUGGACUUUAUAUACUGAGCAUCUUAACUCUUAAAGCUGGGCUCCUUUAAAGAGACCUCUAGUGAAGACCUUUAUCUCAGUAUCCCUCUUUCAGCCCAGAGAGCUGCCCUUAGGUCUUCUCCAGAAUUCCUUGUGUUACUUAGUUUGACUCCCAUUAACUCAGAUCAGCCAUUGUGAUUCAUCAUUUUUAAGGCUCAGGUUGAACAAAACCUACUAGCACCGUCAUCCUCCAACAGCCACAGUCUGAAUUGAGCCAACGGGUUUUUUUCUUUGAAAAAGAAGGGGCCUGGGGCUCAACUCUUACUUUAAGGGGAGCUAGUGGAGAUAUAGUCAAUAGAAAUCAGUGAUAGCAGCUUUUCCUCAAAUGCGCGACUCCUCAGGGGCUGAACUGCUCUUAGUUUAGGAUAUGCUUUACUAGAGUUACAGCAGAUAAGUCGGUUAAUCACUACCAUCCUAUAACUAACUAGUCAUGUAGCUUCCAGAUACAAGGGAGGUGUCAAAUAGGGAUGGAAGCAACCCCAAGGAUAUGCAAAAAGGGCAUGAUAAACCCCCCUUUCCUCUGGCAGGAGAUCCAGGCCGACCAAGGGACAGUCUGGAUAGCGGCUUAGACACCCUUAAGGUGGAGGGUAAAGGGGGAGCUGUUGGAUGGACCUUCCCCUUUCACCCAGUCCAGCAGCUGUCUGCUGCUUGCAACUAUCUAGCACAGUAACAUUUGCAGAAUUGCAGAUUUUUCCCCCAGAUACUAGGAGGAAAGGGACUUUGGGGGGUGGGGAAGGGGUCGUGGUGUUUUAAAAGCAUAAGUUACCUGUUUGCACUGUUUUUAAGAUAGGAAAAAAAUAGUGGGCAAGGUGAACAUCAGACGUAAAUUUGUGUGUUUUUAUUUUGUCAUGCUCUUGAAAAUGUUUGACCAUUUGUAGUAUACACAGUGAAACUUGAUUCUCUGUUGCAUAAAACACUAUUUUUUUUCUCUUUUUUGGAAAUGUUACUGUCCAAAAGCCUCUUCCCUCCCUUUCCUUUUCCUAUCUACUUCCUUCAUACUUGCUUUACUGAUCAACCAGGCAAUAGCCAUCCAAGAGCUAGAGCAUGAAACAGGGCCCUUUCCAAGUAGGCUCUGGGUGUCCUAAGCCAGCAUGUGCCCUCUGGUUUAGUGAGUGCAGUGGAGUCCCUGGCACCUUUCUCUGAAAGUAAGGCGUACAGACUGCAGCGAGUUAUCAAAUUCCUCCAUCAGAUGCACUAGGAAUGAGGAGCCGAGGGAUGGGAUGGAGGGGAUUCCUGAAGUAUCGCAGUUGGCUGUAGUAGCUGAGUUCUUAUCCAUGUUACCGAAACUGUAGCCAGUUACAGUUUACUCAGGAAACGGUAGAUCAAUUCAGCCAUGGUAGUGCUGGUUGGCAGGGAUUGGUAACUGAGAGAACUGCUCCUCAGCCAAAACGCAGACCUUGCCUUCAAGGAGACCACCAGCGUGGGGGCCUGGUCCUCUGUCUGGUGGCUGUGUACAUGCCAGUGAUGUGAGGGCUCCACUCACCCUGGCGAGCAAAAAGGGAACAGCGAUUCUCUUUUCUCUCCCCACCCUCUGCCCCUGUUACCAACACCAGUUUCCCAGGGGGCACAUGAGUUUUUGAAUUUUCUUAAAAAUUUUUUUUGGUUUGGUUUUUCCGGGGACUAAGUGCUUUAAGCAAUGUCUAUACCCCAACAAGACUCCCAGCUUAGUCAUUUUCUUGUAUUUUUCUGUUCACAGUAUUUUUGUGUGUGUGUGUGCUUGUUUUGGCAGCUCAUUUUGGCUGUAUUAUAUAUCGAGUGAUGAAUUGAUCCUCUUUUUUCCCUAAGGGAUAUGCAUUUUUUUUUCUCGUGUUAUAAUUCUGCUUGUGAAUAGCUGGAGCAACCUGGGGCUGACACACGUAAGCUAGGGCUGCAAAGUGAGAAGAGAGCCAGUGGAGUUUACUUGUCCCCGACAGGCUGACCUACCUGAGUCUCUGAGCUUUCAGUCCAAAUCUUUGCAAGGCUCAAAAUGCCACAAAACCUCUCCUCUUCUCCCCACUCCCCGUGGCAGGGACUGGGCCACCCCUACAUGCAACAUGCAGUGUCUCUGGCCCCUCCCAUUGCCGUGACAAAACAGGUACCUUUGGGGCAUGGGGGCAUCACAUGGGAUGCUUGUGUAACUGACCACCUAGCCUUCUCUUUCCCCUCCCGUCCUCCCAGAAUCACUUCCUAGGACACCCGAGCUGCUUGCCCAGGGUCCUGUUUCCCUGCUAACUCCAGAGAAGCAUCCCAGGGCUUUGUGACAGUCUCUAUUCCCUUCCCUUCUCGUUAAGAAUCAUAUUGUAUAGUAGCUUUCAGACCAUACAGUAUUCAUUGGGUUACUCCUAUUAUUACCAAGUAGCUGGAAUUGUGAAGGUCGGAGUAGUUAGAUCUUUAGCUUUUAUUCCUUAUUUUUUUGUAUUACUCUCCAUGUGUAUAAAUUAUUGAUCAUGUUGCUGGCUUUUAUAAACUCUAAGCGAAGGAGGAGCACUGCCUCAGCCUUUGCAAAUGGUAAUGAAGCACUGUUUUUAAAUAAAAGAGAGAAACACCA